AUGACAUAUGAAUUCACCUCAACGGCCCCACUCAGAUUGGCUCAGAAUUGGGAUGACAGCUCUUCUUUACCAAUCGACAUCAUUCUCUGGGGCUUGAGUUACUACACUUAUAAAUGCCCUAUGUACUCGAUCUCCAAACCAUACCAGCCGAAAUUCAAUUGGAAUAGAUACGCACACAUCAGAGCCAAACAUAUCACUCUCCCGCAUCCCGAGCCUAGGAUUACCGUCAAACUCUCAGUAAACUCCAGCGCACUGACUGAAUGGGGGGCAAUGUGCAUCGCAUAUGGUGCUUCAACCUCAUCUUCACUCCAGGGUAUUGAAAUCAUUGGACCACAAAGGGCCAAACUGCUGUUUGGGUACAAGAUACCCUACCGUGUGAGUGGCCUCGUGCGGCCCAGUGUGCACGCAAAGCCCGGGAGCGAGGAACACAUUGUGGAGAAUGCAAAGCACAUUGAGUGCCUACAAAUCCAAAGACACGGCUCGUCUAGGUGUCACCCGGAGGUGGCUUCACAGGCUCACAUACCAUUUGCUGGUUUCACCCGAGUCAGUGCUGCAACUCCUCGCCCACCCAAAGGUCCCUCUACUACUGUUACGACUGUGCAGCAUCCCACCCCUGAAAUGUCUACUAGAUCAAGAGCGCCCGCCGAAUCACUUCACGAACAAUACAGCUUUCCGAACCUCACCGGCAUCGGCCGAGGAUUUGAAGAAGCAAUUGAACACAUCAAUAACGAGAGUCAUCAAAAUUUGCAAGCGGAUGCUCGCUCAUGGCUUAUCGCAACAGCCCACCAGAUUAUGAAAGAACUCAAGUACGAACUCCGAAAACUUCAGAUCAAUCGAGACACACCGUCGUUACUCCCGAGAUACGCCUAUGAUCCCACUGCAUCAUUACUCCUAUCUAGCGAUGACGUCCCACCGCACUUGUACGCAUUCAGCGGGCAGUUUAUCGACUAUAUAACCCAGCUGCUCAUGGCAUGCGGUUUUCACGCGAAAAUAUACUUGGUUGAUCCUGGAUCACUUGGAAACUGGGCGAUCUCGAGUCCCGCGUACAUUAGAAUCGAAAUUACUUUCCCUCAUGUGUACAACAGAAGUGAGGCUGGUGAUGGAAGAAUCGUGGCAUUUGAUGUUGACGAGAAUUUCAACCGGGAUUUCUUUGGGAGUAUGAGUACUUUGAGCACUUAA